AUGCCUUCUCUCUCCAAGCUUGCAGUCGUUGCUGCAGGUGCCUUUGCCUUUGCCGACGCCAAAGCAUGCCCUCCUCUCGGCGCCGUCUUCCCAGCUCCCCUCACCCCCAGCGAGAGUCCUCUGGUGCAAAAGGCUGCAGCCGCCGUCAAGGCAGGUCUCGAUGCCACUAUCGCUGCUCAGUUCAACAACUCUGGUCUCGCCAUUGGCGUCAAGUCCAUCCACGAGGAUGAGCCCCUCUUCACUUACCACUUCACCCCUCCCAACCCUGGCGAGGGCACUACCGAGAUCGACGAAGAUACAGUCUUCCGCAUUGCUAGUGGCUCUAAGCUAUUCACAGCUCUGGCUGCCCUUAUUAGUGAUAAGAUUGACAUUGAUGCCUCCGUCCUGAAGUAUCUCCCUGAGCUGAACAAGACGGCCGGCGAUGAUGAUAUCUUCUCACUCAAAUGGGAGGACAUCACUGUCAAGUCGCUUGCCAGCCAUCUGUCAGGUGUUGGUGUCGAUAUGGCGCAAGAUCUGGCAAUUGUUGGAUCAGAGCCUUGGAAGGCAUUUGGUCUCCCCAACAUCCCCAAGGGUAAGGGACCCAACUGCUCUGGUCUUCCAGGUACCAUUCCCUGCACAAGAAAGGAUCUUCUCGAGCAGGUCAACCUUCGACCUCCUGUCUACGGACCUUUCACCAACCCCAUUUACUCCAACGUCGGCCAUGCUCUCCUCGGUCUUGUCAUCGAGGCCGCCGAGGACAUGCCCUACGAGGACGUCAUCAAGCGCGACAUUCUUGACGUUGUCGGCAUGAAGCACACAUACGUCGACAAGACACCCCCUACUAAGGAUCUCUUCAUCCCCAACAAGGAACCCACAUGGAACUCCACGCUUGCAGUGUUCGAUGCUGCCGGUGGUAUCUUCUCUUCCGUCUCUGAUAUGCUUCUCCUUGCCGACGGUAUUCUUAGCCACAAGUUCCUCACACCAGUCCAAACUCGCAAGUGGAUGAAGCCCGAGGCUAACACCGCUUCCUGGGGCUACCAGGUUGGCGGUCCCUGGGAGAUUCUCAAGACCGACAACAUCACUUCUGACGGUCGUCUCAUCGACAUCUACACCAAGAGUGGUGAUCUCGGUCUCUACCACACCCAGACUGUCCUGAUCCCCGACUACGAUAUUGUCAUCUCCAUCAUGUCUGGUGGUCUUGAGGCGUCUGCCAACCCAUACGUUACCGGCCAGGUCCUCAGCGCUGUUAUCCAGAACCUCCUCCCCGCCAUUGAAAAGGUCGGCCGUGACGAUGCCAAGGUUGCUUUCGCCGGUGACUACGAGGACAAGGAGACCAACUCCAGCAUCUCAUUCCAGUCCGACAGCGGCCCCGGUCUCAAGAUCAAGAGCUGGCAGGUCCGCGGCUUCGACGUCCUCAACAACAUCGGCAACUUCAACUUCAACGCCCUCGAGUCCGGCGCCUCCACAAAGACCCCCUACAUCGACGCCCGCAUGUACCCCAGCAACCUAGCCAAGAAGGGCCAAACCGCAUGGCGCGCCGUCUUCGACAAGACCAACUCGGCCGAGAACGCCGCCUACGAAAGCACCCUGUUCUUCAAGGACGGCACGUGUCAGACGUGGUUCCAGCAGGACCGCAUGGUGUACGACUACCUCCCCCUGGACCUCUUCGUCUUCACCGAGGGCGAGGAUGGCGUCAGCGAGUCCGUCAAAAGUCCUGCUUUCAACGUCACUUUGACAAAGGUACGCCAACCCGCGCAGAAGAAGGCCACAGGUGAGGGCGAUCGAAACGCCGCCGGUGAGAUGGGGCGUUUUGGAGUGCUCGGCUUCGCACUUGUCGCGGCAGCGACAUUGAUGAGCACGUUCUAA